CGGUUUGAAUGCGAGCGCGGGCGUCGAGCCGGCCUGUGACAGAUGAGGGAAUAGCGGUCUCGAGGAGGGCGGUGUCCGGUUCAGGGAUGCUUUGUCGCCUCGGCCGGUUUGCGAAGGGCCUGGGCUUCCGAGCGAGGGCCUGGAAGUGUGCGCUUUAAAAAGUGUCCCGGGACGCUGCCGCCCCGCACACACCGAUGGGCCAGCGCCGGGCAGCCCGAGGUCCGCGAAAGUCACCGUGUUCCCGGCCCAUCGACGUUUCCUCUGCAGACGAGGCCGGCCUAGGCUUCCGAACCCUCGGAGCUGCAGUUUCCAGGCGUCGUUCUUCCUAACUUCCAGAGCGAUCCAGAGUUAACUUCCAGUGCAACUUCCUUUGCACUGUUGGCACAAAUAUUCUUCUUGUGUUUGGAAUCAAGGGGGUUGCAGUUUCCUCCCCUAAGUUUACCAUUCAACGCGAUGAAUUUCAUUUUGGAGGUUUCAAACCGACGCGCUCGCGGAGGGAAUGGUAUUUAAUGGAAAUGAAUAACUCAUUUUGAGAAAACCAUGGCAAAAUCAAACACAAAACACAGAAUUUGUUCCCGGGAAUCUUCAGUGUCUUCUCUCCUGGCAAGCUGCAGCCUAAGUGGUAGUUCCUCCAGCUCUGAUGGCUCUUUUCAGUAUAAGGACAAAUUGUACAGUUCUGCUUCUGAGGCUUUACAGGCCUAUAUUGAUGAUUUUGAUCUAAGCAGAGAACAUCCUGGAGCAAACCCUGGCAGAGUGAGCAUUGAUGAAGAGUCUGGUAAUAAGCUGCGACUUUCCAGCUAUGUGCAUAAACAAAACAAUGCUUUUGAGAGUCAUGGUCACAAUGAGCACUUAGACUCCUUAUACUACAGAAGAGAGACUAUUGAUAAUGCGGACUCCAUUAGUCUCACAACUGAUGACUUGUUAAGAUUUCCAGCAGAUGGAUCUUUUCCCUUCACUUCUGUUAUACCUGGUCACCGACCAAGCAAGAAAAACAAGAAAUACAUUGCAAGACAGGAUUCAUCGGACAUUAAAAAGACACCAAAUUUUCACGUAGACCCUAUUCCCAAGAGCAAGGAUAAUGUAGUUACUCCUGAUGUAUACACAAAUGUAAAUGGAAAGAAAUGUGGUAGGCCCAGAACCCCAAAACCUAUGAAUAGAAAUAAUAAAUGUGUCUUGGAAUCAUCUUUAUCCUUUCCUAAAGAAUCAUCCUUCAAGGACAGUUCAAAGUACGGUCCUGAAAAGAAUUAUCCAAGAUGGCUCACGAGCCAGAAAUCCGAUCUUAAUGUCUCAGGGGUAACUAGUAUACCUGAUUUUAAGUAUCCAAUUUGGCUACACAAUCAAGACUUGCUACCUGAUGCAAAUAGUCAAAGGGUUUCUAAAUUACUUAAUGAAGAGGAAUAUUCCCCUAUGCAUAGUUACCAGACCCAAAGAACUACUCAGCUUACAAAUAAAGUAGAUUGUUUUGAAUAUUCUUUUCAACCUUCAAACUUUACAGAUUCCUUCAGCGAGAAUAAAGGAAUAGUUAACAAAUAUAACUGUGAUUCUGAAAAUGGCCAGUGUCAGUGUGAGAAUCCACUUCUCCCAGGAAAAUCCCCAAAGCCAUUCUGUGUGUUUUUAAAAUUAGGUGACAAAAUUGAAUUGCUUAUCCUGAAGGCCAAGAAGAAUCUCAGGCAGUCUACUGAAGACUUAUCAAAGCCUGUGGAAAAGGAUGACAGCCCUUGUUCCUUAGAUAAGCUUGAAGCAGAGCGGUCAUGGGAAAAUGUUCCUGUUACUUUCAAAUCUCCUGUCCCUGUUAAAGCUGAUGAUAAUCCUCAACAAAAUUCCAGGACACAAUAUAUUAAUGAGAUUCUUGAAGACUUUUUAAAAGAUGAGAACCAGAGCUCUACCCUAUCUGGAGGCAAACAUCAUGGUCCUGUUGAAGCCUUGAAACAAAUGUUAUUUAACCUUCAAGCAGUACAAGAAAGUUUUAAUCAGAAUAAAAAUACAGAGCCAAAAGAAGAGAUUAAACAAGUAUCAGAGGAUGAUUUCUGUAAUGUGCAAUUGAAGGAAAAUAUGAUUCCUAUUACUAGGUCUCUUCAAAAGGCCUUACAACAUUUAUCACGCCUGAGAGACCUGGUCGAUGGUACCAGUGGGAAACAGUCACCAAAAAUGUGAAGAGGAAAAUAAAACUUAAACCACAAUAAACAGUCACCAUACCACUUGUUAUGUACUUUUGCUAUUAUUUAUAUAAACAAAGGAAAUAUAAGUCAUGUCUUUUUCUAUGACUACAUCAAGUAUAUUUCUAAAAAUCUAAACUUGGAAAGAUUCAUAGGCCUGAUUUCAUACAAAAACAUGACUGGAAGAUACAAAAAUAUGUCCUGAAGUAGUACUUGGAUCUUCAGACCAGAAAAUGCUUAAUAUCAAAAGUGGGCGAUUAUCUUCCUCAUCUGGACCCAUCUUUUAUUGACAGUCUCAUCAUUUGUCAUUUAGUUCUUUGACAUUAAGAACUUUUUAGUCUCUAUCCUAAUUUUAUAUUUGUGUGUGUGUACUAAAUAUAUUUAAGCAUCUUAAGGAAUACCUUAAAUUGUUGUAUCAUAUGGGAUUUUGUUAUUUCUAAAAUUUCAUGUAUUGAAUAUUUAAGAUGUUAUAUUUACAAUAGUUGGUGGCUCAGUGCUAAUGGAAUGUUUCUUUUAUUGUGAUAACAGAGAACCUCCCUAUUUAAUUGAUGCUUUGAUUCAAUGUAAGAUAAUGUUGAUAAUACUUGACAGUACACAAAUCGGUUUAGAGAGUCUUGAGAAUUUAGUAUCUGAUAUGUAGUUAUUGCCUAGAUUUUAGUUUUAGAUUAAUCCCAAUCUAUUAAAAGCUAUAGCUUUAUGACAAAUUUGAAACUGAACAAAAAAUGAGUGUGGAAAAUCCAAAAAUGAUUGUAGUUUAAAGCUAUUUCCUAUGGUUUUCUGAAUUUAUCUCUAGAUAGAAUUGAACAGAGCGGUGUUUGCAGUUUCUACUGAGUAAUAAUAUUUAAAGUAAGUAGGAAACAUCUUCAUCAAUGAGACUAAAAUUAUGUAAUAAAGCAUAAGUAAUGCAUUUAAAAAUGAUGAAAUUAAAGAGUAUAUGUGUAUAUGGUCAGAUAUGACAAAUUAACAUUUAACCCAAAUGUUUGUAUCUUUUAAUAAAUAAAUUUAUUGUUAUGUAGAACUUCUAAACACAUAUGGCCCAAGAAUU